CUCUUUUUCAAAGCGAAGCUUUCUUCAAUGGCGGAACGAAGCGUAAAAAUCACGUUGUUGUAGAUUUGCGCAUUAUCGAACGUUCCAAGCUCCACGAAUGAUAAGGUGAAGUGAUUAUUUUUUAAUAAUGGAGACCGAACCAAAAAUUAGAGAAUCUAUCACAAGAUGCGUGGGUUUGUUAAAGAAGGCACAGACAGACAGUGAAAAAUUCGCAGCCCUUCUUGUUGUUGGCGAAAUGGACAAAACUCAUAAAUUAAGCACUGAUGAAAGGAAACUUGUUUAUUUAUCAAUUGACUUAAGUUUCAUAAAGAAGCUUCUUAAUUCUACGAAAGAGCUGCAAGGUUGUGGCAAGAUGGCAUUGGUUUCCAUUGGCCUUACGAUUUUGUCAUGCACAGUAAAUGAAAUAGAUGAUUAUUCAAGCAGACACCACGAUAUUUUCCAAAUGGUACCAAAGCUGUUUCAAAUCAUUACUGAUGUAUCACAGGAAAAGCAGAAAGAUGUAUCUGAAGGUGACUUACCUCAAGAUAAACAGACAGAUAGAUCUGACAAGAAUCUGCUCGAUAAAGAAAUGCUUGAUCAUUGUUUUUCAAUACUGAGUUCUUUGGCCUCAAGUAGAAGUGGUUGUGUUUCUAUCAUAGAUAGUGGCUUAGAUUUUUUGAAGAAUGCAAACUUGAAAUUUGAAGAUGAAGUUGACAUGAAAGUUGGAAAGUUAAUUUGGCAAACUUUGGUAGCAUUAGACACUGAGCAAUUGAAUCCAUAUGCAGAAGCUCUAAAUGAUUGCAUGAGUAGUAUUGCUCACAAGUUUUCUUUGUGCCAAGACAUCAAAAAAUUUGAGCUUUUAGAACUUUAUUUUGAUCUGUUACUUGUAAGAAAAGAAAAGCUUUUGACCAAAGAUGAGCAUCUAAAAAUACAUGCAGAAGAUCUAAAGUGUCUGCGUAAAGGCAUUAUGGAAAUAAUUCAGUCGAAAACUGUUGUGAAAUACAGACAUUUGUCAUUGAAGCUUGUGUCAUUGCUCAUUGAACUCUGUGGUCUCACUUGGGCAUACACGGUCUAUCAAGAUGAAAACCAGAAGUAUAGUCAGAAGUUUUUGCACCUCGUGGUCUCAUUGACAGCAUUGGAAAUCAACUUGGCUUUCUAUGACAACAAGGACAAUUUUGAACUUCUGAGUUUUCUUUUUAGUACAAUUGAAAACAUAAUUGUAGCACUGAGUUCAACAGAGGACAAAGUUGUAACAGACCUGCAACAUUGCACAAUUGGUGCACCUAUCCUUCCCAAAAUUCUACAAACAAUCCAUGAGGCUAUCUCCAUUCUUGUUCAAUAUUUAGAUGAGGUAAGAAACAACUCAAGUGAGAGUGAUGCAUGUAAAGAUAUCAAAGUUAUUGCCUGCACCAGGCUUUUAUGCAUAUAUUUGUCAGAAGAAACCCAGGCAAUGAAAAAGGACAUAAUAAAGAUUUCACCAUUCUUGAUAAAGCUGGCAAAGGCUUCAUUUACCAAAGACAGAAUAGGUUUGUUAGAGUCCUUAAGAAUGAAAACAGAGGAUGGAAAUGAACAAAAAUUUCAAUCUAUGCCAUCCAUCUUUUCAUUUCUACUGCCUGUGCUAUGCCACUGGUCUGCAGAGAAGAAAACAAGGCAAAUAAUGUUGGAAGAAGAGAUGCAUAAAACUUUGUGGGAAUAUCUGUCAGGUUUGCUCUCCAACCAUGGUGAAGGAAAUGAUUCUCAAGAAGUGGUUGAAACAUUAUUUGGUGUUUUUAUGAAUAUUGCAAUCACAGAACCUGGGCUAGCUUCAGAUAAUGAGAAUAUUUUUGGAGAAAUCCUACAGAAAAUUAUCCAAGAUUUAGAAUAUGUUUCAUCCUCAAAGUCUAUGAGCCUUGUGAUGAAUGCUGUGACACUUGGGCUUAUCCUAGCAAGAUCACAAAACAAAGACAGGGAAACCAGUGUUGUAGCAUUCUUCAAACAAUGCUUGUCCAGCUUGUAUUUGUGCUGCCCGUAUAUAAACAGAGAGAAGAACAAAACAAGUAAAGAAUGGCCUGAAAUUGAAGAAUUGUGGUUUAUUGGCAUGGAUAACAUGUGUGCCUGUGCUGAUAGAUCAAUUGGGCUUCAAAAAGCUUUUGAAAAUGAUGCUGCCUUCAUGAAAUUUUCAGAAUUUUUGGAACAGAACAUGAACAAUAAAUCACCUAAGAUCAAGGAAAUUUGUAAUUCUGUGAUUAAAUUAAUAAAAAUUGUAAUUCAUAAAACAUAA